AUUAUUAAAAAGAGCAUUUUUUUUUUAAGUUCCUUGAGUCUCAAUAAAAUUCUCUGAGAAUUCUGGUUUACCAUUUUAUUCCAGGGAGUACAUACCCUGUAAAAAUAUAUAUCAUAAAAAAAAGAAAGUAUCGUGAAAGAUUUCAAAGAUCGCUUUAAGUAUGCAUUAAUACGUGCGAGAUAUCGAUCUAGAUUUCUCAGAUUAUUUUCAAAGAUUCGAAGAAGCAUGCGAAUCGUAAAAAAGAAAAAAAUGAUGCGAAAGAGUUCACUGGCAAUUGCACUAGUAAAUUGCGAUCCAGAUUCUGAACCAUAAUUUAUCGUCGGAUAUCAAAAAGAAAGGCGAUCUUACGAUCCUCUUCACCGAAUCAGAAGCUCGUUUGAGAUACCGCUGUUCGCGCUUUCACGGAGAAGAUCCCGCGUCGCGGCGCCUCCUCGGUUCGCUCUACUCGUGGGAAAGCGCGCUGACGACGAGUUUAAUAGUUCCUCUUAACGGUAACGGUAAAGUCGCGGGGAAUCGCGAAAAAUCGCGCGUUUAUUGGGUAAUGACGACAUUAGAGUCAGAAUUCUCAUGGAUUUUCGUCGAAAAACCGGCCCGAUUCCUUCCCCCGACUGGUUGAUGGAUGAGACGCCCAUCUCAUUGAAUUGCGAAAGAAAUAAUCCGCUGGACAUUAAAUACAACGCGGCGUUUACUGUUACGACGGUCCAUGGGAAGCACGACGAUUGGCGUCCAGCUGUCGUUUGCCGCUUACUCGCGCAAGCACAUUUUACGACGCCCGAAAUUAAUGAUCCUACGAGUCUCCUUUUCCUCCUCUUCGGCUUUUAUUGUCGACAUUUUUUGCGUAACGAGUUAAAUCAAAUUUAAAUUUAAAGUUAAUUUGUCAUGUUUAAGAGUUGGCCGGUAUUUUUGUUUCUUUAGCGAUGCGGUUAUUAAAUACAAAUAACAUCGCUAAAUCCAGCGAUGCAUGUAAAGAUUUAUUAAAGUUCGAUAUUUAUUAUCGAUUUUUAUCAUCGAACGUAUUAAUUAAUCUUUACGUUACACUAGAUUUAAGCGACCAAAUAGCCAAGAGUUGCGGAAAUCUAUAAUCUCGCACUGUAUGUAUAUGUAAAAUACAAUUUCCGUUACUAAUCUAAAAAUACAUUAGCUGGAUGACAUUCCAUCUCGAUUCGUGACGCAACACGAUUAAUUCACGAUAAACAGAAACGAGUUUCCAUCGAUCGCGGCAGGAAAACGGCAGGAUCCGUGGAAGAAUUCAGUCGACGUCAUGGAGAGUCUGAGUGAAGGCGAUAGAGCUAUCUUAAACACAAUCUUCGAUCCGCUUCAAUCACUUGGUCUGUCUGAUCUUUCAAAACAAAUUGAGACGACGGAUAUUUCCGAGGAAGAUCAUUUAGAACCGCACGUAUCAGAAAUCGUGAGGAAGGCAAUAAUCUGCGCAGAAACGAAGAUCUUUGACGAGUCGUUUCGACUUUUCGACGAAGCUCUGAAGCAAGCGCCUGAAUCACCAUCAAUUCUAAAUGACAAAGCACAAGCAUUACGUUUGGCGAAUCGGGAUGAAGAAGCUUUGAAGGAUCUGCAUCUGGCGGUGGAAUUGAGCCAAGGAAAAGGAAGAGCUGGCAUCCAGGCGCUCUGUCAACGUGGCGCUCUUUACCGAUGGAUGGGACAGGACGAUGAAGCCAAGAAAGACUUCGUACGUGCAGCGAAGGCUGGUUCGAGCUUCGCUAAAUCACAAUUGGUCGCUCUGAACCCUUACGCGGCCAUGUGCAACGCGAUGCUGCGCGAGAUCACUUCCAAGGCCAAUCGCACUUAAUCUAAUUCAUGGGAUCGCAUCUCGAAAUACAAUGACUAUUUAAUAGAUAACGCUUUAUUUUAUUUUUAUUUCGAUAUAGAUUAACGCCCGGCAGAUCUACAUAUAGAUCUCGAUAUAUAUUGAUAUAAUCGCAAAGUAGAAUCAUAAUAAUAACAAUGAUAUUCAUUAGAAAUUUCGCAUAAAAAUAUAAAUUAUCCGUCUGUAUCAAAUCGAGAAAAUAUAUUUCUUUGUAAAAUUGAA